AUGUCCGAAAGAGCCAACAAACGACGCUGCUCUCCCUCUUAUACCACGGUCUUUGAAAAUGGUGCAAGCUCAGACAUCUUCGACAAACUUCCAGCUGAGUUGAAUGUCACUAUCUUCGGACACUGUGAGUCACUCAAAGACAUUCUUUCUCUUGUUUCAGCAUCCCCAGCUGCGCACUUUUGCUUUAUAGGGAACACACGCGCCUGCUUGAAGCAGUCUAUUUCCGAAAUCAAGUCUGAUCUUAUUAGCGAUGACUUAGUCGCCCUGGCUCUUCUUCUCCUCCGCCUCAGAAAGCUACGCCAGGAAGCACACGGUCGUACCUCAUUGCAGAUUCAACAGUUGAUCAAGCUUACCGUUGAUGCAGUACUGCAUCUGGAUCCUUCCAAUCCCACACAAGAAUGGAAAGGGAGCUUGGCUCAAAUCAUUGUGCUCAGAAGGUUUUUACCGGGGAUUCGGGAUUUUAUUGUGAGCCAGCAAGAGCGUAAGAUCCCGGGUGGGAUUGCAGCAACAGAAGAAGAACCUGCCAAGCUUACGACUGUGCAGAAACACAGUCUCAUCGACACGCUCUUGCGCUACGAUAUCUACUGUCAUUCGUUUUAUUAUGGCCAUGAACUCCUAUUCCACGGAAAAGAAUUCAAGGAUAAAUUCAGCCCUUGCUUAGAUCGGGGACUGUUUUCCUAUUUCGACGCGGCUUCCCGCCCCAUACGCCGCGGCAUCACCAUUCUCGACCUCAUUAAGGCCAGACACAAAAAGCUCCUAGAUUUGGUUGAUGAGGAUAACUGGGUUCGAACUCCGAACAGCGAGCAGAUCCGAGUACGAGAAAUUGUAAACCGAGGAGGACCAAUUGACAUAGUGUGGCGUCGAUUACGAAUCUGCCGAUACCAGCACAGAAAUGAGAGCCAGGAAAGGGGAUAUCUCCAACAUAUGUCACAGCAAGGGUAUCCACUGCUGUGCUAUAUGGAGUCGCUUGAUCUUCCUUCUCUCGAGAAUUACGUAUACGCCACGUUCUUCGAAGUCAGCGAAACACAAAGGCAGCACCAGCAAGAGACUUCCAGAUUGGGAAGAACAUUCAUGCACUACAGCGGUGGAAGAUUCAGCUGA